ACCUUGCUCCUUUUUGUAUCAAUCAAAAUCAAUGGCGGAUGGCGAAGGAAAAAGGGUAAUGGCAGUGUUCUUUAUUGACUCCAUUUUUAGCUCAAAUCACUAAUCAAGCUCCCAUUGUUGGAGAGAGAGAGGGUGCGAGGAACCAAUCAACCGCACCCUGUUUGGAGGGAGUUUCCAUUCUUCGAUUUCUUCGAUUUCUUCGAUUUCUUCAAUUUUCUUUUCCUGUUCUAUCUCAAAAUCGUACUCAUAAGCUUGUUUUUGAGCCCUAAAAUCAAAGCUGCAUUUUCCUUCCCUUAUCUCUCUCUCUCUCUCUCUCUCUGUUAUUGUCUUUGUCAGAUCUCUGUUUUGGCUGCUGAUUGUAUUCAUGUUCUUGUAUGAUAUGAAUACUGUGUGAGCAUUUUGUGUGAUUUUGUUCUUCUUCUGUUGUUGUUGUUGUUACUUCUUGUUAGUUAACAUGUUUGAUUGAUGAAAUGGAAAUGUGGAUGUGAUCAUGCAUUUGUAAAUGGUUUCGAGUUCGUUCUGUUGCUAAUCGGUGUUUUGAGUUCUACAAGUUGAGUGAUAAUGGCGGAAGUUCGAGUUUCUGAUCCUAGUAAGCUCCACUUGAAAAAGGAGCUUACUCAAAUCCGGAAGGCUGCUCGUGUUUUGAGGGAUCCUGGUACUACAUCGUCUUGGAAGUCUCCGCUUAACUCAUCUAGAUCUGUAAUGGAUGCUGUAACUGCAACUGCCGCUGUGGCAGCGGCUGGAGCUUCUUCUUCUUUGAACAAGAACUUGGAUGCCAUUGUUCCUCUCCGAAACGAAAAUCGGACUCCCAAGGACAAGAAGAUAUACCUCUACAACUGGAAGAGCCAUAAAUCAUCAAGCACAAAGAGUUCAACCUUUCAGAACGAAGAUCGUGAUGGCAACGACGAUGCUAAUGAUGAGUCGCAUUCAGUUCCGGGGAUCAGUAUUGAUGAUAGCUUGAGUGAUGCUCGAAAUGGAGGCGACUCGAAGAGCGAUACCUACUUGGGAGAUCUCUGUUCUUCAAUAGUCUUCAAGUGCGGUGAUGCAAAUCUCGUGUCAUACAGCAGACCAUCGGCCAAACGGGCUUCUGCAUUCAAGAAGAAGAAUAAGAAACACGGUUCCCAUUUAGAUGUUUUGUCUAGACAUCAACAAAAGGGUCCUAUUCUUGGUAGGAAAUUGCUCGAGGGCCAUCCUUCGUUGUCUAUUAAUUUCAGCCAGGAUGACUCGAUCGAGCAGUCCGAUGACACCGAAGAUUACUCUAAUUCAGAGGACUUCAGACGAUAUUCUCCGGCGUCUCCUUUACUGUUGAAGCUGAAGCACAAAAGUCUCCAUCCAUCUUCUAAGUUAUUGAGAAACAGUCGAAAAGAGGAUUCUUCUUAUUCUUAUAGCACCCCAGCAUUGUCUACUAGUUCUUAUAAUAGGUAUGUUAAUCGAAAUCCAAGUACUGUUGGGUCUUGGGAUGGCACCACGGCUUCUAUUAAUGAUGCGGAUGAUGAAGUUGAUGAUCCAUUAGAUUUUCCUGGUCGUCAGGGAUGUGGUAUUCCUUGCUAUUGGUCAAAGAGAACCCCAAAGCAUAGAGGAAUUUGUGGAAGUUGUUGCUCUCCUUCACUUUCGGAUACCUUGAGAAGGAAGGGAGGCAGCAUUUUGUUUGGAAGUCAUUCUAUUUAUUCUAGGCGCAAAUCGAUGAAUUCGAGUAAGCGAAGACUUGCUUCAGGAAGUGCUCGAGGGGUCCUCCCAUUGCUUACUAACAGUGCAGAUGGAAGAGGUGGUUCCUCAAUUGGAACUGGGAGGAGUGAUGAUGAACUCUCUACUAACUUUGGGGAGCUUGAUUUGGAGGCCCUGAGUCGAUUAGAUGGACGGAGAUGGUCGUCUAGUUGUAGGAGCCACGAAGGGCUAGAGAUUGUUGCUUUAAAUGGGGAAGUAGAGGGGGGAGGUACACCAGAGAGUACAAGAAGUUUCAGUCAGAAGUAUAGGCCGAUGUUCUUUAAUGAAUUGAUAGGUCAGAAUAUCGUGGUGCAGUCACUUAUAAACGCUAUCUCAAGGGGUCGGAUUGCUCCUGUUUAUCUUUUCCAAGGUCCAAGAGGUACUGGAAAAACAACAGCAGCAAGAAUUUUCGCUGCUGCAUUGAGUUGUUUAGCCCCUGAGGAAAAUAAGCCAUGUGGGUACUGCAGAGAAUGCAUUGAUUUCAUGUCUGGCAAACAAAAGGAUCUCUUGGAAGUGGAUGGAACAAAUAGGAAGGGAAUGGAUAGAAUUAGAUACCAAUUAAAAAAGCUAUCAUCUGGACCAUCUUCUGUGUUCUUCAGAUACAAAGUUUUUCUCAUUGACGAAUGUCAUUUGUUGCCCUCUAAGGCAUGGCUCACAUUUCUCAAACUAUUUGAAGAACCCCCCCAACGCGUUGUCUUCAUAUUUAUAACUACUGAUCUUGACAGUGUACCUCGUACCAUUCAAUCAAGGUGUCAGAAGUACAUAUUUAACAAAAUAAAAGAUUGUGACAUGGUGGAAAGACUGAAAAGAAUCUCUGCUGAUGAGAACCUUGAUGUUGAUUUGGAUGCAUUGGAUUUGAUAGCUAUGAAUGCUGAUGGUUCCCUUAGAGAUGCCGAAACUACGUUGGAACAGUUGAGUUUGUUAGGGAAAAGGAUAACGACAUCUCUGGUUAAUGAACUGGUUGGCAUCGUUUCGGAUGAAAAAUUGCUUGAGCUUUUAGCAUUAGCAAUGUCAUCAAACACUGCCGAGACAGUUAAAAGAGCAAGAGAGCUGAUGGACUCUGGGGUUGAUCCGCUAGUUUUGAUGUCUCAACUUGCCAGCCUGAUUAUGGACAUUAUUGCUGGAACUUACAACAUUAUUGAUACUGAGGAUAGCGCCUCAAUCUUUGGUGGACGCAGUUUGAGCGAAACAGAAGUGGAAAGAUUAAAGCAUGCUCUGAAGUUUCUUUCAGAAGCUGAGAAGCAGUUGAGAGUUUCCAGUGAGCGUUCGACCUGGUUCACAGCAACGCUGUUGCAACUUGGUUCCAUAACUUCUCCAGAUUUCACUCAGACAGGCAGCAGUAGAAGACAGAGCUGCAAGCCAACUGAUGGUGAUCCAUCAAGCACCUCAAAUGGGAAAAUUGCCUACAAACAAAUGUCAUUGGCUCAACUUAUGCCUCCAAAGCUAGGUUCGCCUGCAUCGUCCACACAUAAACAGUCCAUUGAAGGUAAAGACAUGUCGUUUUCACGUGAAGAUGCAACUCUUAGAAAUAUGGUUUACAGAUGCAAAAACUCAGAAAAGUUGGAUAGCAUCUGGGUGCACUGUAUUGAAAGAUGCCACUCAAAGACGUUGAGGCAGCUAAUGUAUGCUCAUGGAAAGCUUCUAUCCAUCUCAGAAUCUGAAGGUACCCUUAUAGCUUACGUUGCCUUUGAGGAUGCAGAUAUCAAAUCCAGGGCUGAAAGAUUUUUGAGCAGCAUCACAAAUUCUAUGGAGAUGGUUCUUAGAUGCAAUGUAGAGGUUAGGAUCAUUUUGUUACCAAAUGGUGAGACUUCUAUUAAUGGUAUGGCUGCAGCCAAGUUGUCCGAAGGUGUAGAACCCAAACCGGUCGAUAAAGAACGAAAAGCUGCCAAUCUUAAUGAAAUGGAGGGCUAUUCUAACAGCUCUUUGAUGCUGGAUGCAACAUAUCAAUCAGUCUCUGAUUUGUCGCAGCUACAAACCGAAAGCAACAACCACAAAGAUGGUUCAAGGGAUAGGAGACAAGAGAUCCCAAUGCAGAGAAUAGAAUCAAUUAUUCGUGAACAAAGGUUGGAAACUGCCUGGUUACAGGCCAUGGAAAAAGGCACUCCUGGAUCUUUGAGUCGUUUGAAACCUGAGAAGAAUCAAGUCCUGCCUCAAGAUGGUUCAUACUAUAAAGAUCAAAUGGAAGAAAUGAAUUCAACAGGGGACUCCUCGCUGAAAUGGGAAGAUGAAUUAAACCGUGAACUUAAAGUGCUGAAGGUUAGUGAUGAUAUGAUUGCCCAGAAGGAGCAGGUUGGCAGGCUGGUGGACCGCUAUGCCAUCUCCCCAAGUAUACUGCACGAUGGCAGCAUGGUGGCAAAUUCAAACAAGGAUAACCUGGGAUACGAGUCAAGUUCAGCAGCUGGUGGUUGCAGCGGAAUGUUCUGCUGGAAUAACAGCAAACCCCAUAAAAGGGGAAAGGUAAGAACGAACCAUGUUCGAUCUCGAAAUGGAAGAUUUUCACUGUUUGGGGAGUGUGGGAAGUCGAGGAACUCGGGGAGCCGAUUUAGUAGAUAAAACAUGAUUGUGAUGCUGAUUUUGUCUGUGUUUUUUGGGUACCAUUCUUUUAUAUGGUCAUGGAUGAAAGGCAGUAGUGGUUAAUGUAAAGCUCUCAUUAAUGUAUUGGGUGAAGUUAUGAUGCAUACAUACUAUAAGGCCUCAUCCUGAUUUAAUUGAACCAAUAAAUGCUUAGUAAUGAACAUUGGAAUAUGCCUAAUUGGG